ACAGCUUUGGAGACCCAGGCUCCUGGCAAAUAAUAAGUGGAAAGCCAAUUUGAAGAAAACAAAGUCGAACUGAGUUUUAAGGUGCCAGGUUCGGGAGAGAAGACCGUCUGCAUCAGCUGCUGAUAAAGUUGGGGGCUAGUUUUAAGGGAAGCGAGGGUACUAGGUUUUUACCAACAGCCAACGCUGCUGGCACUCGAUCGGGUGCUGCCCAAACAGGCCAUCAGAAAGAGGAAAAGUGGUGGCGGGCACACCAUGAUCUUGGGCUUUUUAAUUAUUUUAAGUCUUUAAAUGACUUCUUCAAGGCCAGAAGGGCAUGGCCAAGGUGUGAUUUUGAUUGGUUAAGGGGGCUUUGGCUGAGCCCUAGAAUGAAGUAACUCUAUUAUUACUCAAGCAAAGCGGGAACCCAUUAUGCCCCCGUUUACCGUCCUUUACCGUGCCUUUUUGCUGGGCAUAAAACCAUACUCACCAAUCCCACCUAAAACGGAAGGCCGAGAGCCCACGCUUUGGUGCGCACGAGGGCCGUGAACUGCUCCUGUUUGCCGGAGGCGAGAGGACCCUGGAAGCCGAGGAAGGGGUAAGAAGUCUUCGGGUCCCAGCCUCGCCGGGAGCAAAGGCCUUGGAGGCUCUGAGGAAGGAGGAGCGCGCCAAGAUGGGCUGGCUGAGGAGCCUUCUCCGCGCCAGGAACCUGCUGCUGGUGGUCCUGGUGCCGCUCCUGCUGCUGCCGCUGCCCUUGCUGCACCCCAGCAGCGAGGCGGCGUGCGCGUACGUGCUGAUCGUGACUGCGGUGUACUGGGUGUCUGAGGCGGUGCCUCUGGGAGCUGCCGCCCUGGUGCCCGCCUUCCUCUACCCCUUCUUCGGAGUCCUCCGAUCCAGCGAGGUGGCCGCUGAGUACUUCAAGAACACCACCCUGCUGCUGGUGGGCGUCAUCUGCGUGGCAGCCGCCGUGGAGAAAUGGAACCUACACAAACGUGUCGCCUUGCGCAUGGUCAUGAUGGCCGGAGCCAAGCCGGGCAUGCUGCUGCUUUGCUUCAUGUGCUGCACCACGCUGCUGUCCAUGUGGCUGUCCAACACGUCCACCACGGCCAUGGUCAUGCCCAUCGUGGAGGCCGUGCUGCAGGAGCUGGUCGGCGCCGAGGAGGAGCAGCUCGUGGCCGGCAGCCCCAGCGAGGAGGAGGCAGAGGCCACGAAUCAUGAUGCAAACAACAGCCAGCCCUGCCUGGAACUCAUCUUUGUCAAUGAAGACUCCUCUGCGGACCUCACUUCUCUGAUGCAGAACAAGAACCUGAACGGUGUGCCCACCCCUGUCAAAACAGCAGGCCCCCCGGGCAGGAAGCCGCACCUGUCUCAGGAAAAGCCACGUGCCCUGGCCCCCCGCCCCAGGAAGCAGGAACGCGGCAGAAAGUACAAGUCCCAGCACGACCAGAUGAUCUGCAAAUGCCUCUCCCUGAGCAUCUCGUAUGCCGCCACCAUCGGGGGCCUGACCACCAUCAUCGGCACCUCCACCAGCCUCAUUUUCCUGGAACAUUUCAACAACCAGUAUCCCGCUGCAGAGGUAGUCAACUUCGGCACCUGGUUCCUCUUCAGCUUCCCCAUCUCCCUCAUCAUGCUGGUGGUGAGCUGGUUCUGGAUGCACUGGCUGUUUCUGGGCUGCAACUUUCGAGAGACCUGCUCUCUGAGCAAGAAGAAGAAGACCAAAAGGGAAGAAGUAUCAGAGAAGAGGAUCCAAGAAGAGUAUGAAAAGCUGGGAGACAUCAGCUACCCUGAAAUGGUCACUGGAUUUUUCUUCAUCCUUAUGACCGUGCUGUGGUUCACCCGGGAGCCUGGCUUUGUUCCCGGCUGGGAUUCUUUCUUUGAAAAGAAAGGCUACCGCACCGACGCCACGGUCUCUGUCUUCCUUGGCUUCCUCCUCUUCCUGAUUCCAGCCAAGAAACCUUGCUUUGGGAAAAAGAAGGAUGGGGAGAACCAGGAGCCCUCCCCGGGGAUGGAGCCCAUCAUCACGUGGAAGGACUUCCAGAAGACCAUGCCCUGGGAGAUUGUCAUCCUGGUGGGAGGAGGCUACGCUCUGGCUUCUGGCAGCAAGAGCUCUGGACUGUCCACGUGGAUUGGACACCAGAUGCUGUCCCUGAGUAGCCUCCCUCCGUGGGCUGUCACCCUGCUGGCAUGCAUCCUGGUGUCCAUUGUCACAGAGUUUGUGAGCAACCCAGCCACCAUCACCAUCUUCCUGCCCAUCCUGUGCAGCCUGUCCGAAACACUGCACAUUAAUCCUCUCUACACCCUGAUCCCAGUCACCAUGUGCAUCUCCUUUGCAGUGAUGCUGCCUGUGGGCAACCCCCCCAACGCCAUCGUCUUCAGCUAUGGGCACUGCCAGAUCAAAGACAUGGUGAAAGCUGGCUUGGGGGUCAAUGUCAUUGGCCUGGUAAUCGUGAUGGUGGCCAUCAACACCUGGGGAGUGAGUCUCUUCCACCUGGACACUUUUCCGGCCUGGGCCAAGGUCAGCAACAUCACUGAUCAAGCUUAACGCUAACAGGCAAAUGGCCAAAGAACUGCCAGUGCCCAGCAGAACUGGACUCACCAAAACACACAACCCCACCAGAACAUUCUGCCAUCUACCACUUCCAAGUGCAGUACACGAAGCCUCCAGCGACCAAAAUCACCUGCAGAUGUGUCUUCGCUGCCCUCUUUCCUUAUCACCAUAGCUCAAGAAAACCUAACAUUCUCCUCACCUCCUUUAACCUAGUCUCUCCAGUCUGUUCUUUCCAAAGGCAGAAAGAGAAGCCUCAGCUGCCCCUCAGAAGUGACGAGCCUUACAACCUGACUGGCCUCGAUGUUAUUCUGAGUAUCACAGUCCUUCCUUAGGAGGAGAAAUUCAAGUCAUCCCACCUCUGCACCGAUAGUGAAACCAGUGACAUCUCCCCUUUAGGGAAAAAACCUCACCCAGAACUUGAGACCUAACAUUAGCUCGUUUCUCUUAAGUCUUCUAAAGUUCGCUCCACAAAAGGCGAUUCUGUGUGUCUUUUGUGGCAAUCAGUCCAUUAUUAUCCCUGCUCUGAUUCCCUUCCGGGCAUUUCCCUUCAGUGGCUUCUCUUUACCUUGACACCAAGUUCCUGUAAAGCAAUAGUGCUCCCCUUUGGAAAGAGGCUGGUGCUGUUUGUUCUCUUUGUCAAAGGAAAAGGAAGUAAAAAAGAAGGUGCACACUGAGAUUCUCUCCAUUCAUUGCUAUCAAGACCACUGUGUUGGUUAAGUGUUGGAAAGGAGAAAAAACUUUCAUCCUGCCUUAUAAAGGACACCAGCACUGUCACUAAGACUCCAGUCGCUGGUAAUGAUACUCGACUGGCUUCCUUCUAGAUGUAUUGGGUAGUUCGCUUCUGAGAAGACAAAGCACAGAUGGUCCAAAGGCAUCAGUCACUUUCUGCAAGUCAGUGCGUCGCUGUGGGAAGGGACAUGUCUUCUGUGCCUUGAAGACUCCAGCAACAUACACAAUAAACUCUAACCGCCCAAUAAAUGUUUUAAGAAAACCAUUUUGGAAACCACUUUGAUGGCCUCCUUCCUCCUGAGGCCCGGCCACCUUCGCGUAAUGCCGGCUGUGUCUGGACAGAGCUCCCCACGCAGCCGUGUGCCAGUAUCCCCAUUUCUGGCUGGCACUGUCAGUUACUUGCUAAGCACAUCUUACAGGAGAAGGUAUGCCCCAGGGUUAUUACACUGUUUUAACUGAUUCUAGUUACUACUGCUAGCAGGUACAGUUGUCCCACAAUAAUUUAUCAAUAAAAUCACUG